UGUCAAAUUUUCACAGUCUCAUUUCAGUUCACUAUGACAGGCCUGCAACAAACUUGGCUGCUUGGUGUCGGCCUCGCUGUGGCGACGACCUCCGCAUGUAUCGCAAUUCAUGCGAGUGCCUUGGUAACCAUCGCAACCGCGUGUGUGGCAGCAUAUCUCCCUUCGUACUUGGACGGCUCGGAGUACACUGGGGAGCGCUACUGGCCAUGGUUUGCCACCUUCAUUGGGCAUGGCAUGGCGCACAUUCCGGGGACGCUAGAAUUCGAGGAGCCCAUUGACGCCUCCAAGCAACACAUAUUCUGUUCACACCCACAUGGAUUGCUGUCCACUCACCACGGACUUCUCAUGUCAGGACAAACUGUUCCUCCGUUUUACGAGACGUGUGGCGGAAAAGAUGCUUCGGAAUGGCAAGAGCCUGGUGAUCCUGGUAGGCGGCAUUGCAGAGCAGAUGCUGUCUCAGCGUGGGAACCACACGAUCUACGUCAAGAAGCGCAAGGGACACAUUCGCUUGGCACUAAAGUACGGCGUGCCGAUCGUUCCGGGUUACGCAUUUGGAGAGACAGACCUCUUCACGCACUCCAGUGUGCUACUGUCGUUCCGCCAAAUGAUUGCGAAGAAAUUCUCUGUGGCGUUGCUGCUUGGUUAUGGCUACUCAAAGUGGCUGUUUUGGCUGCCGCAUAAAGGGGUGACCGUCAACCAGGUCUUUGGGAAGUCUAUUCCGAUUGAGAAGAAGGAUGAUCCGAGCACGGAGGACAUCGAAAAGCUGCACGAUCAGUACGAGCACGAGCUUGUGCGCAUUUUUGACAAAUACAAGGCGAAGUACGGGUACGGAAACUGUACGCUGCGUGUGCGCUAGAACGGUAAGACAUGCAUUUUGUAAAAGGCGUUUAAUACCUACGGCAGAAUGAACUUUUUUAGAAGCAUACUUUCCCUCUACACCUCAAGCCACGUAUAAAAAUCUCGUCUUGUCCUCCUCGUGACGACGGAGAUACUCUUUCUGGAUGAGGAUCUCCACGUUCUGCUUGAUGGCUGUAGUGGAGGGUACGAACUGGUUGACAAGCAUCUCCGCCACCUCGUGCAUCAGCUGUGCCUGGCGAAUGUCUCGACGCGUCUUGAGUAC